AUGGCGGAAGAAGACCCGAUCGUGAGUCCGGCCGCAAUCGCGUGGGAAUACGUGUUGGGCUGCAACCAGGGCGAUGCAAAGGUGCAGGCUCGUGACACGGCCAACGCGUGUGUCCUAGCCUUACAAGCCUUCUUGGAAGCGUCUGCCAAGCCCGGGGCAUUUGUGAACGCUCAUCCCCAGUGGGAAGCGUUUGUGGCGGCCGUUCAGGUGCUCGCACAACAUGUCGAGCAGAGCACAGUGGCCGCCGCUGACGAGGCUGGGGACAGCGACGCCAGUGACAGCGGCGUCAGUGGUGAUGACAGCGACGAUGAUGAGGGCAUCAUGGCCAAGGGCUUGGUGACAAGGCCGACUUGCCUUUAUCUGCAUCUCAAGUAUGGCUGCGCACUGGUAGCAACCACCGGGCCUGAUGGCCGCGUGAGUCUGUUCGUCCUCGGCCUGGACAACCAACAUUUUGUGGCUCAAGCUCCACCAAACAGCCAAGUCGAGACUACUGCGCGCACGGAUGGCCACUUCCUCCUCCCCGUGGGAUCACUAUGGAGCCAGAGCGACGUGCAAAACGUCAUCAAACUGGCCAAGCAGUCUCUCAAACGCAGCGCCAAUGCAGAGGAUGGCAAGGUGCACAAAACUCCAGGGUUUGUGCAUCAGGCAUACACCCGAGCAUGGAGCGAACAUGUCAAUGGCAACGCCAGCAGCAAUUUGCUAACAACCGAUCAGUGGCAUGCCGCAGCUCAACGCCACAUGGUGGCGCUCAAUAACCUUGGUGCGCGAGUCCGGCACCAUAACAACGCCCAACUCGAUGCCAUGUAUUCGCAGCUUCUUCAGGCCACCAGCAACAUGGUCCGGCAGUUUGAUCAGACCCGGGGAAGCCCCGCUGCCAGGCAACUCGAGCUGAGCUGGGACAACUUCCGGGCUGCAGACGUGCCACGCACCGCGCCAAACUCGGUCGUCUCAACCGUUGCCAGCGUCGUCAACGAGUACAACGCUGCACUCAACACUCCGAAGAGAUCGCAGGGUCUUGACAUCCAUGCCAUUUGCAAUGAUCUGGGCGCGUCCUUGUCGCUGUCACCCGAAAUCCAGACGGCUCUUGCCAACCAGCGCUUGACACUGGCUCACCUGAAGCAGUUAUCGCUUACACUGGACAAGCUUCAAGCAAAGGUUGUCUUUAAACUGGUGUUUGAGCGUUACGUACAUCAGACGCUAACAAGGAUUCAUGCAUGUGACCGUGCCUUCGAUGCUGAAGCAAUUGCACUCGACGAUGAACUGCUGCUGCAUCUCCUUGACAUGCACUCCAAAGUUUGUACGGAGCUGGGCGGCAGCUCCCCGGAUCCGGCUGAAACCACCACCUCCGAGCUGUACACCGAGCUGCUGCCACUGCCCGCGGCCUUGCAGUCGCAAAAAGCACUCAUGCAAGUUGCCGCGCUCGUCUUUCUGCGAUAUGCGGCCGAGUGCACCUGGCCUCAACUGCCUUGGAGUAGUCCAGAGUACAGCAUGCCAAACUUGGAACCAAUCGUGCCCUUCUGGACCCUCGAUGACGCACAAGAUAUGCAUACCAUGAACAUGGCCUUGUGCUUUAUUUCAGAGCGCCACCCAACGGAUGAAAUCCCCUUUUUGGUAGCAAGCACGCUGGGCACACUUCAAGACGAUUUUGCCCAGCACUACUCAAAUUGGAAGCAGGACACGUGGUACAGCACGAGCCUGGAAGAACGCCUCCAGCAAGAGCGACAAAACCACCGGCGUCUUCGACAAGAGCACUGGCAAACGGUUCAACGCAAACAGCGGAAUGCCAAGCAAUACGCCGCUGACUUGGAAAAUCUCGAGCAAUCUCGUGAUGUGGCGCAGAAAGAGCAAUACACUGCUAGCCACGAUGCAGAUGCUGCCCGGCGUGAAUGUCAGCUGCAUGUCAAAGGGUGCCAUUUUGCACGCGAGUAUCUGGGCCAGAGAGGUCACAGCAACUGGUCAAUAUAUUCCCAUGGCAUCUCUUGGUAUACUUGUUCAACUUGCAGCAAUUUAAAGAGCAAGUACACCAGCAAAGACAGCACGAGAUCGCAAGCUGAGAAGAACACCACGUCGGCUCAAGCUCAAGUUGACGCAAAGUCCAAACAACUUCGGGCUGAGCUUGUCCCUCCUCCCGCCGUUCAGUUGUCUCUGCCCGAGUCGGACCAUGAGGCUCUUGCAACGCUGACGGUCUUCUACUUGCCCUUGCGCCUUCAACGGCUGGCUGAGUGUGCGCGACAGACCUUCACUCUCAUGCAAGAAGUUGAUGAGCCUAGAAAGAAACAACAAAGUAAACGGCACACAGAAGCGUUUCAGUUGUUCAACAACCUUCAAACAGGAAGUCAAGCUAAGCUCGACAUUGACAUCGACUUGCAAGCGACCACGCUCGAGCCGCGAACGAACACGCGGUUUGUCAGCGUCCAUCACCUCCAAGGCGAAGAGGACGACAUCAACUAUAUGGAGCGACCUUUGCUAUCAACACUGGCCCAGUGGAAGCCACCCAAAGAUCGGACUGAAUUAGCGGCGUUCUUUGGAACCGUCUCUCCCACCGGCCCAGCACCAAAACCAAGCCGUAGGAGGCAGCCACAAGCCGUGGAUCGCCUUGGUGCGUUUCGACACCAAGCCGUCAACCCAAGCAUUGAGCCAUCAGAUGCAAAAGCCACCCACCAGUGGUCUGACCGCGGCACCGAGGGCAAGGCCACGCCGUUUGCAGUAAGCAGUUGCGCAAACCUGGAUGAUGGGGACAUCUUUGCUGCCCAGCGAGCCGGGCGCUUGUUGCAAUGGACCAACUUAGCUGGUAUACUCCGGCUUGAUGCCUUGUCCUUGCUUGAGCCGCAAGUUGUGCGUCUACUCAAAGCCAUGGUGGCCGAGGUCGGCGAUCUCGAAGACCAUUUUCAGCGCGCCGUGGCGUGGCCCAGUCGCGACCCGGCUGUUUGGCGCACCUUACUUGCUGCCAUUCGCAGAAGCAUUGUCAACAUGAGCACGGCAUGCAAGUUUGUCCCAUAUGGAGCAGCAUUGGGCACCUUGACUGGAAUUCUGACUGCGUUUGACGCGCCAUCACAGAGCCAGGAUGCCAUGAGCGACAACUCUCCAACAGCAUUUGACCUCGUGCUGCAACUGACCGAGUGCUUGGACGCACAUGCUCAAAACUGGGCCACCGAGCAGAGCAAGGCCUUGGCAGCCGGCAAUGAAGCAUUGGUCAAUCACCUUCAGCAGCGGCGCUUCGAGGCCUACAAUUUGGCUAUUGUAGCGUUUCGACAUGUUUCGUGGACCAAGGUUGAGGUACGCCAGCGAAGACAAGCCCUUCGGCAGCUGUUGCGAUACCGUAUCCUGGGCGGUGGCCAUGGCGAUGGCUCCAACAGUUCCAUGUGGCUAAACGAUGCCGCCUUGACCUCUAUGAGCCGCCUGCUGGUCGAGCUGUGCCAAGAGCUACAGUCAUCUGUUGAGGAGCCUGACUUCCCAACAAGGAUGGCACAAUGGGUGGAUGAGGCCAUGGGCCACGCAGGUGGUGCCUCACAAGCGCAAUCCGCACAGCUGUAUGGUGACACGCUCAAUUUGCUUGUUAUUGAUAGUGGCCGCCUAGCCAUCAACUGUCUGACGGGCUUCGUGCUCUUCAACGGUCAGCCAGCCAGCCAGCUGCCACCUCGCUUGCUGGAGGACGCUGAAUACAAGAGUUUUUUUGGCACCCGCAUGUUUCCCGUGGCCGUGGACAAAGACGGCAAAACCUAUCGUGCUGUUGCGCCGAUUGAUGGGUUUAUGUACACCUUCAUCGACACCGACGGCGCAGCCGACGGACACCAGCUGAGUAUCAUUCAAGAACCAGAACCAAAGCCGGAUGAUCCAGCUGGAGGGCCAAGACCUGGUCAGCGCUUGCUGCUUGCACGAGGCUUGGCCAGGGCGCUCCUUUCUGAACAUCCACUCCACAGUCAAAUGGUGGCGUGGCUUGACCUUGUCUCAGAGUCGAUUGUCUUGCGACAGCUUCCAGAGCGUGAUAGUUGCGGCUUCCAGGCGCGGCAUGUUGCUUAUGUGGGCGUGUCUAUCGCAGAUGACUGGCAGCUCCUACGGCCACCUCCAAACAUGCAAGAGCAAGCCGUGGUGGACAUGCUACCGAUUGCAACGCACGUUGCUUGUCAUUUGGCUGAAGCGGAUGUUGAGGAGUCAGAGUCCGGAUGGCAAUCGUGGAUCUGGGCUGAGACAGUCAGAGAGCAUCCCGUGCUCAUGGCUUUGCACGAUGUGCUUCUUCGCGUUGAGGACGCUUGCAGCCUGUCUUGGUAUCGGCCUUGCAGCAACGCGAGCUGCGUGGAUGUAGAUCUCUUGCGGCUGGGUCUUCGCUUUGAGCUGAGUCCCGAAGAGGGCAUUCGAUCCCUCAAUCAUCAAGGGUACCGACUGUGCGCGCUGCAAGUGCUCAAAGACAAGCUUCCUGGGUUUGACAGCUAUCUUCUCCUUGAACGGACCGUGCAGUUUGAGUCUGAAGCUGGCCGCCUACCUGCCGCACGCCACCGACUCUUGGUACCAGAGCCGUUGGAAGCAAGCCAGACCCCUGAGCAUGCAUUGGCUAGUCGCCGCUCAUUUACGGCAAAUAUUCACGAUACCCUCGGGUACUUGGAGGCGCAAUCGACCACAGAUCGUCUCGCACUUGCGCUGGUCUAUUGUCGGCUCAAGCCAGAGCAAGUGGACCUAUGCGCCGGUCGCAAUGGUCCAGCGCAAUCGCUGGAGCUCGUGCGCCAAUGCUGGCAAGGGCACCACUUUACUGUUCUAGAACAAGACUACCUUGAAGCCGUUGCACAUGAGACUCGGUUUCCAUCCUUGGCCCUAGCCGUGGCAGUCAUCGCUCGAGCCUCAUUGUCCUGGAAAGAUGAAGACGACCAGAAACAGCAACGAAUGCUUGCCUUGGCUCAGCCACAACCUCUGGAUUUGGCCUAUUAUCAACAGCAUCACCGCGGCUUGCCUCUUGGCCUGCGACUCACGCCACACGAAAUGCGUGAGCUAGGCCUCCCAGAAUUGGAGGGUUCCAUUGCACCGUUCUGCGACGUUGGAGACUGGAAUUUGCCAGAAGAUGCAUUGCGAGGCCAUGUCAGUCGUAAGGUUACCCAAGGGGCUGCGCAGCUGCAUCAGGAUCUAGCUUCGGCAUGUGACGAAUUGGCAUCUUUUGAGAGGAGCAUUGCGACGCGUGAACAAGAUCUUUGUCGUCUGGUGGAGCAACAAGAGCAACGACCAGAAACCACCGAUCCCGCGCUCGCCCUGGAUAUUGAGCGGAAGGAUGGAACACGCAUGUACCAGCACCUGCAACGUGAGUUGAGCAAGAGCAUGGCACUGCAUGACAGGCGCGCGCAAGUUCGCUUCACGCUCCCAGACGACCCCACCCUGCUGGAGGGAGAGCUUGCCACGCUUACCCAGCUCACGGCGGAGCGACAAUGUUUGUGGCAGCAUUUGGCCCGUGCCUUGACCUUGCCCACGACGGUGCACCAGGCGCUCAAUGACCCGCUGCGGGCACGAAUGAGUAUGCUACAAGUUGGCGGCCUCCUACGUCGAGCCACGCCCCAGAGUCUGCUGUACGUCCUUGCCGGCGUCAACGAUGACGAGCGGCUUCGCCGCGUUCGAGAGCACAACCCAUACUUUGACCAGAGUCACUGGCCCAACUUCCAAAUUGUCGCAAUUGAAUGGCUUCAACGCAUCGUGCUGGAGCAACGCUUGGAUCGCAUUACCCGGUUGGCGCGUGCUUUGCGGCAUGUUGAUGGACCUGCGCAGAACAACAUCAAAGAAGUCAUGCUACGUGAAGUGAUGACGGUUCGGACGUAUGCCGCUGUUGAACAUCUGGAAUGGCUCCUUUUUGAAGUUAGCAGUCAGAUUCAAAUCCGGCCCAAGCAGACUGCCGUGGCGCUGCGCCUCAUCAAGGCGGAGGUCGAUGAGAAAAAGGGUCCAGUUCUGCAGCUCAACAUGGGCGAGGGCAAGACGCGCGUGAUUCUUCCAAUGCUGCUCCUCUUCUACCGUGCACAACGGGCUUCAGCCACAGGCACUGGGAUGCUGCCCCUGACGUUCUUCCUGCCUCAGUUGGUCGACCAAUCCUAUGAGGCGCUACAUGCCAAGCUCACAGCCAGCCCCUUCAAGAUGCCGCUGCACCACUUCCGUUUUGAUCGCAGCGUGAACGCAACCCAGGCCUGGAUCAGCCGCGCCUCUGCACGACUCUGUUGGCUUGAGGGACAAGGUCACGGAGCAGUGGUCCUCACACCCAGCGACUGGCUCUCGCUACGGCUCAAGGUGGUUGAGCUUCGGGAUGCACAGCGUCCGCUGCUGGCCCGACUCCUGAACUGCCGGGUCGUCGAGGCCUGUCCCUUUUUGCAUCUCUAUGACGAAGUUGACGAGAUUCUGAAAUACAAUUUUCAGCUCAUCUACGCAGCGGGCGGGCGCGAGCGCCUCGUGCAUCGCGAAGCGCGCGUCCUUGCUGUGCAGGCUGUGUUGCAGCUCUUGCAUACUCCUGACGCAGCAAUGCAGGAAGCCAUGGACAAGGGUGACGGCACAUCGUGGCUGGCUAACGAGGCUCAUGAAGCUUCAGGAGAAGCUUUAUUUGUGCCCAAGUUUGUGAUUGAUCAAUCGGCAGCGAAGCGCAAGUGGCGGGCACUAUGCGACGCUAUGAUGGCUCGUCUGCUGCAACGACCCGAGCUUGGAGAGCUGUCUUGGUUGACAGAGUUUGCUGAUGGACAGGCGCAGAAGCUGGCGUGUUUUACUUGUGAUCCCACCUCUUCCUUGGACAGUUUGAGAGUGAAGUUGAGUGAAGGACAUACGGCAUUGCUCUGCACAUUGCGUGGCCUAUUGGCCCACAAAAUGCUCUUGCGAAUUUUGAGCCGGCGCGUCAACGUGAAUUAUGGCAUUGAUGAACGUCGAGACAAGCAAAUUGCCGUGCCCUACCAGGCUACCGACACACCGACAGAGCGCAGCGAGUUUGCCAGCAUGGACGAUCAAUUGGUCAUGACCCACUUGGCUUGGUAUGUCAAAGGCCUCCGCCCUACUGACAUGGAAAACGCCGUCAUCCAGCUCCAGCGGCGCUCAGAGCAACAGCAAGCCAGUCUCUACCAGGAGUGGUGUGAUGCGGCCGGAGGAAGCAGCAAGUUACCAGACGAGGUGCCUAGAGAAGCCAAUGCCCUUGAUCUUCAGGAUGAAAAUCAAGCGGCGCUGCUCCACGCAACUUUUGGCCACAACUACAAGUGCAUCAAUUUUUGGUUGACGACUGUGGUGUUACCCCGCACCUGCCAGUAUCCCGCGCGACUGCAAGCCACGCCCUUUCAUCUUGCUGAUGCUAGCCACCAAAUGGGCUUUUCCGGCACUAACGAUACCAACCUGACGCUGCCCUUGUCCAUCUGCUCUGUUCCAGACCUGAACAAAGUUGAGGUUCAGGUCAUGCCUCGCAUAACGGACGAGCAUUCUAUCGACACAGAGCUGGGCGCCACGAACGGACUGAUGGUUCGUGCUCUUCAGACGGAGAUGUUUGUUGACUGCAUCCAAGAGCUCAUAGUUCACGAUGAUAUCCAGCACCCCGAAAGCCGGCCGCUCCCUGAACUGGUACUGGACAAGGCGUUGCACAUGGGGGUGGAGGCACUCAUUGAUGUGGGCGCUCUGUUGGCUGGUAAACCGCUGCACGCCUGCGCCAAGUACUUGCUGAGUCACAAGCAUCUCAAUUCGAAGAUUACAUGGGAACAUGUCGUGUACUCGGCGAAGGAUCAAGCGUCACAGCGACAACAGUGGGUUGUGCAGGACCGCCACGGCCACGUGGAUCCGUUGCGCCUGGCCACGGUGGACCCUGCACAUGCCAUGGUCAUCUAUGACCAAUACAACUGCCGUGGGGCCGAUCUUGCACUGAAGCAAGAGGCGCGCGCUCUCAUGACGCUAGGCCUGUCCGUGUGCAAGGACGAGCUGAUGCAAGCUGCUGGCCGGCUACGCCAGCUCACUCGCGGCCAAAAGCUUGCCGUGGCAGCCCCGUCUUUCGUGAUCAGUGCCAUGCAGCGCGUCCUCGGCCGACCGAGUAGUGACAAUGCCAAACUAGGUGUGGGCGAGAUGAUCAAGUUUGUACUGCUCAACACACAAAGCCGCAACCUCGGUGGACUGAAGCUACAAGCUCAACAGGGUCUACAAUUUGGCUACAGCCGGGCGGAUCAACGCAUGUUUCGCUUACGGGAGCAGAACGAACCAACGGAACUGUUUGGCGGGGUCUACAACGAGCGCACAACCAUUGAGGAAGCAAAGUAUCAAAAUAAACUACUACGCCAUCAAGCAGACAAAGAAGUGGACGAGCAGCUGCAGACACAUAUCCAUGCCAUUUUUGAGCGGUGCAAGGAGUUUGGGAUUACGCGCAAGGACGUCGAGCGCGGCCAAGGCGAGCUGCGAAGCGAAGAUUUGGAGAUUGAACGUGAGGAAGAACAAGAAUUGGAGGAGGAGCAACAGCGAGAGGUUCAACGAAAAGCAACUCUGGCACGGCCAGAAGAAAAGUGGCCCGUGGACAGUUUGCUAUCACAAGAGUUUGACAAAUGUCAAGCACGUGGGAAGCUAAAGCUGCUGCAGGACUGCCAGCCGUUGGCUGAUUUGGGCUUUCAAUGGCCUCCAGAGAAGCAGAUUUGGUGUACCAGUAAUUGGUAUCAGUGGUCCGCGGACGAGGAACAUACCACCCGACUACCGCUAGUGAGCUGCUGCAUUGUUUUGAACGAUCGGGUUGUCGUGGUGACGGAGCGAGAGGCCUCUUGGUUCCUGGAGAACAAAGGCCUUGCCCCAUACCAACGUGCGCCACACGCCUAUGCACACGAGCUCGGCACACCUGCCCUGGUGCAACUACGGUGCACGGCAAAUGCCCGACUUGAAGAAUUGCUGACCACGGGCGUUUUGGCCAUGUUCCUGUUGAUCAAUUGUCAAGUGUACUUGGCAGCCAAGGACGUGGCUGGUGAGGUUGUACGACCAGCUGAGAACGCGAGCUAUCGCAAGCGCAUCGAGCAAGCAUGGCGUUGCAUUUUCAAGCCACUUGGUCAACGUGCCGUGGAGGUUGCGGAGAAGGUGGUAGAGUUGCGAGACGCCCGUCACCUGCUUCCACGAAGCCAUCUCAAGGAUCAGUGUGUUGCGGUGGCGACGGUCGCUUUUGCUCGAUGAAUCACUUUCAUCACAGAAGCCGGCGGCCGAUUCCAAACAGCAGCUCCAAUGCCGCAUUGCUCCUCGCAUUAAUCGCGCUGCUGAGCGUUGUUUUGUCACAUUUGUGUCAAGUGUGGUCGGCUUUGCGUUAUAUGGGUGUAAGCCCUCGGCCUUGUUUUUGACUUUGUUGAUUCUCGUGAAUGAGUUGAUUCCUGCAUCAUAGACUCAUCCGGAUGUUCCAGGAAUUCAACUUUACACUCU